CUGGGCCGGCUGCCCGGCCUCACGGCCCGCGGCCCACCGCGCCUGAAGUGCGCGCAAAGUUUUGCAGUCGCCCCCGCUCCAGCGGCAGGCGGGUGCUGUGACGCAGUCUGGACCGAGGCCGGGACACCGGGGAGAGGGCCGGCUGGGAGGGGGCUCGGCGACGGCGGGCGGCCGAGGGGCUGGCCGGGUCCCUCCCUCCGAACCUCCCUCCCCCGCCCGCUCCGCUCCUCCCUCCGCCCUCCCUGCCGGCCUCGUCCUCCUCCCCGGGAGGCAUCACUUCGUCCUGACCCGGAGGAGGACGCCAGCCCCACGCGCCGGCCGCCGUGCGCUCGCUCGCGGGAUGGGACGCCCCCGGCCGGCCCCCGCGCCCGGGCCUAGUCACCUGCUGCGUGGCGCCCUGCUCCUCGCGGGCCUCGCGGCCGCCGCCGCGCUCUCGGAGCCAGACGUCUUCCUCAUCUUCAGCCACGGACUGCAGGGCUGCCUGGAGGCCCAGGGCACCCAGGUCCGAGUCACCCCAGCCUGCAACACCAGCCUCCCUGCCCAGCGCUGGAAGUGGGUCUCUCGGAACCGGCUCUUCAACCUGGGGACCACACAGUGCCUGGGAACAGGCUGGCCGGGCGUCAACACCACCGCCUCCCUCGGCGUGUACGAGUGUGACCGGGAGGUGCUGAAUCUUCGCUGGCACUGUCGUACGCUGGGUGAUCAGCUGUCCCUACUCCUGGGGGGCCGCGCUGGCAAUGCAUCCAAGUCUGGUCCCCUUGAGCGUGGGGACCACACCCGCAGUGGCCAGUGGCACAUCUAUGGUGGCGAGGAGGAUCUUUGUGCUCGGCCCUACUAUGAGAUCUACACCAUCCAGGGCAACUCCCACGGGAGGCCAUGCACCAUCCCCUUCAAGUACGACAACCAGUGGUUCCACGGCUGCACCAGCACGGGCCGCGAGGAUGGGCACCUGUGGUGCGCCACCACCCAGGACUAUGGGAAGGAUGAGCGCUGGGGCUUCUGCCCCGUCAAGAGUAGCGACUGUGAGACCUUCUGGGACAAGGACCAGCUGACUGACAGCUGCUACCAGUUCAACUUCCAGUCCACGCUGUCCUGGAGGGAGGCCUGGGCCAGCUGCGAGCAGCAAGGGGCGGACCUGCUGAGCAUCACGGAAAUGCACGAGCAGACCUACAUCAACGGGCUCCUCACUGGCUACAGCUCCACGCUGUGGAUCGGCCUGAACGACCUGGACAGCAGUGGGGGCUGGCAGUGGUCGGACAGCUCGCCGCUCAAGUUCCUCAACUGGGAGAGUGAUCAGCCAGAUAACCCGAGUGAGGAGAACUGUGGGGUGAUCCGCACCGAGUCCUCGGGCGGCUGGCAGAACCGUGACUGCAGCAGCGCGCUGCCCUACGUGUGCAAGAAGAGGCCCAAUGCCACGGCGGAGCCCACCCCGCCAGACAGGUGGGCCAGCGUGAAGGUGGAGUGUGACCCCAGCUGGCAGCCCUUCCAGGGCUGCUGCUACCGCCUGCAGGCCGAGAAGCGCAGCUGGCAGGAAUCCAAGAAGGCCUGUCUCCGGGGGGGCGGGGACCUGCUCAGCAUCCACAGCAUGGCCGAGCUGGAGUUCGUCACGAAGCAGAUCAAGCAAGAGGUGGAGGAGCUGUGGAUCGGCCUCAACGACUUGAAGCAGCAGAUGAAUUUUGAAUGGUCUGACGGCAGCCUUGUGCGCUUCACCCACUGGCACCCCUUUGAGCCCAACAACUUCCGGGAUAGUCUAGAGGACUGUGUCACCAUCUGGGGGCCGGAGGGUCGCUGGAACGACAGUCCCUGUAACCAGUCUCUGCCAUCCAUCUGCAAGAAGGCCGGCCAGCUGAGCCAGGGCACUGCCGAGGAGGACCACGGCUGCCGCAAGGGUUGGACAUGGCAUAGCCCCUCCUGCUACUGGCUUGGAGAGGACCCAGUGACCUACAGCGAGGCCCGGCGCCUGUGCACUGACCACAGCUCCCAGCUGGUCACCAUCACCAACAGGUUCGAGCAGGCCUUUGUCAGCAGCCUCAUCUACAGCUGGGAGGGUGAGUUCUUCUGGACGGCCCUGCAGGACCUCAACGGCACCGGCUCCUUCCGCUGGCUCAGCGGGGACGAGGUCAUGUACACCCACUGGAACCGGGACCAGCCUGGGUACAGCCGUGGGGGCUGUGUGGCCCUGGCCACAGGCGGCGCCAUGGGACUGUGGGAGGUGAAGAACUGUACCUCGUUCCGCGCUCGGUACAUCUGCCGGCAGAGCUUGGGCACACCGGUGACGCCAGAGCUGCCUGGGCCCGACCCCACCCCCAGCCUAACUGGCUCCUGUCCUCUGGGCUGGGCCUCAGACCCCAAACUCCGGCACUGCUACAAGGUGUUCAGCUCAGAGCGGCUGCAGGACAAGAGGAGCUGGAUCCAGGCCCAGGCCGCUUGCCAGGAGUUGGGGGCCCAGCUGCUGAGCCUGGCCACCUAUGAGGAGGAGCACUUUGUGGCCAACAUGCUCAACAAGAUCUUUGGUGAAUCAGAGCCCGAGAUCCACGAGCAGCACUGGUUCUGGAUUGGCCUGAACCGACGGGAUCCAAGAGUGGGGCAGAGUUGGCGCUGGAGCGACGGCCUAGGGUUCUCUUACCAUAAUUUUGACCGGAGCCGGCACGACGAUGAUGACAUCCGGGGCUGUGCGGUGCUCGACCUGGCCUCCCUGCAGUGGGUGGCGAUGCAGUGUGACACACAGCUUGACUGGAUCUGCAAGAUCCCCAGAGGUGUGGCUGUGCAGGAGCCCGACGUCAGCCCACAAGGCGGGCAGGAGUGGCUGCGCUUUCAGGAGGCUGAGUACAAGUUCUUUGAGCAUCACUCCACGUGGGCGCAGGCGCAGCGCAUCUGCACGUGGUUCCAGGCUGAGCUGAGCUCAGUGCACAGCCAGGCCGAGCUGGACUUUCUGGGGCACAACCUUCAGAAGUUCUCCCGGGGCCAGGAGCAGCACUGGUGGAUCGGCCUGCACACCUCGGAGAAUGACGGGCGCUUCAGGUGGACCGACGGCUCCGUCAUAAACUUCAUCUCCUGGGCACCAGGCAAGCCUCGGCCCAUCGGCAGGGACCAGAAGUGUGUGUACAUGACAGCCAGCCGAGAAGACUGGGGUGACCAGAGGUGUCCGACAGCCUUGCCCUAUGUCUGUAAGCGCAGCAACAGAACCCGGGAGACGCAGCCCCCAGACCUGCCACCGGAGGCGCUGGGGGGCUGCCCGCCUGGCUGGAGCCAGUUCCUCAGCAAGUGUUUCCGAAUCCAGGGUGAGGACCCCCAGGACCGGGUGAAGUGGUCAGAGGCACAGUUUUCCUGUGAACAGCAAGAGGCCCAGCUGGUCACCAUUGCAAAUCCCUUAGAACAAGCAUUCAUCACUGCCAGCCUACCCAAUGUGACCUUUGACCUUUGGAUUGGCUUGCACGCCUCCCAGAGAGACUUCCAGUGGGUGGAGCAGGAGCCUGUGCUGUAUACCAACUGGGCACCCGGGGAACCCUCUGGGCCCAGCCCAGCUCCCAGUGGCAACAGACCGACCAGCUGUGCAGUGGUUCUGCACAGCCCUGCAGCACACUUCGCUGGCCGGUGGGACGAUCGAAGCUGUGCAGAGGAAACACACGGCUUCAUCUGCCAGAAGGGCACAGACCCUGCCCUGAGUCCGUCCCCAGCGGCCCUGCCACCUGCCCCAGGCACUGAGCUCUCCUACCUCAACGGCACCUUCCGGCUGCUGCAGAAGCCACUCCGCUGGCACGAUGCCCUGCUGCUGUGCGAGAGCCGCAACGCUAGCCUGGCCCGCGUGCCCGACCCCUACACCCAGGCCUUCCUGACGCAGGCUGCCCGAGGACUGCGGGCGCCGCUGUGGAUCGGGCUGGCCAGUCCGGAGAGCUCCAAGAGGUAUGCCUGGGUCUCGGAGGAACCUCUGAGCUACGUGAGCUGGCGGGAUGGCGAGCCCCAGCAGGCAGGGGGCUGUGCUUAUGUGGAUGUGGAUGGGGCCUGGCGCACCACCAGCUGUGACACCAAGCUGCAGGGGGCCGUGUGCGGGGUUGGCGGGACCCCGCCUCCUCGGAGAGCGAGCGCCAGUGGCAGCUGUCCCCAGACCCUGGCUGACUCCGCCUGGAUCCCCUUCAGGGAGCACUGCUACGCCUUCCACCCGGAGCUGCGGCUAGGCCGCCAGGAGGCGCUGCGGCGCUGCCAGAGAGCGGGCGGCGCGGUCCUGUCCAUCCGGGAUGAGGCGGAGAACGUGUUCGUCUGGGAGCACCUGCAGGGCGCUGAGGGCCAGAGCGGGGGUGCCUGGCUGGGCAUGAGCUUCAGCGCACAAGCGGGCGCACUCGUCUGGCCCGACAACACCGCAGUGAACUACUCCAACUGGGGCCCCCCGGGCCCGGGCCCCAGCGUGCUGAGCCGCAACAGCUGCUACUGGAUCCAGAGCGGCAGCGGCCUGUGGCGCCCAGGCGCCUGCGCCAACGUCACCAUGGGCGUGGUGUGCAAGCUGCCCCGCGCGGAGGAGCGCGGCUUCUCCCCGGCAGCGGCGCUCCCAGAGAACCCGGCGGCCCUGGUGGUGGUGCUGAUGGCGGUGCUGCUGCUCCUGGCCCUGAUCAGCGCAGCCCUAGUCCUCUAUCGGCGGCGACAGAGUGCGGAGCGCGGGGCCUUUGAGGGUGCCCGCUACAGCCGCGGCAGCUCCGGGCCCGGCGAGGCUACUGAGAAGAACAUUCUCGUGUCUGACAUGGAAAUGAACGAGCAGCAGGACUAGAGCGGCGGGCAUGGUUGGGGCCCGCGGCAGCUGGCCUCCGCCAGCCUGCAGAGGGGAGCCCCAGGGUCGCUUUGGAGGCUGGGGCGUGGCCUGCGCUUGGGGGUUCCCCCUCCCACAGCGGCUGGGCGCAACGCAGCGUGGUGUUUCCCUCCCUGGGGGCCGGAGGUCUCACCCAGGCUGUGCCCCCCGCGUAACCAGAGGGGAUGGGAGUGUGAACAGGAGGCGCCUGAGACCCUGCAGCCCCAACCUACUGUCCAGGCCUGCGCCCCCGUCCUGCUGCUGCAACCCCGUCCACUCGGGCAGCCCCUCUUCUUUGUUCCCACCUAGCCACCUAGGCUCUUGUCCCCUCCCCGUGCCCCGCCCUGAUCACACUCGGCCCUUGCCCUGAGGUGGGGACCCUGGGGGGAGGCCUCUUCCCCUGGUGGGUGUCAGCUGGUGGGCCGGGCACUCUCGCUCUGCGCCCGCUGGAGUGGCCCAGGGUGUGGCAGUGCGCGCCUGGAUGUGUUAGGCCCGAGAACCAGGGCGUUGGUCUGGUAUCUGCUGAGCUGGAGAUGGGGCUGGGAGAGACACCCCAUCCUCCCAAGGGGGAGCUGGGCUGGGUCGGGUGUCAUCUCCUGCUGGUCGGGGGAGGGCUCUGUCCCUG